ACCUAUUGAAGGCAGCAUUCGCACCAAAUCCACGUCCUUUUAAAAAUAUCCACCAGUUCCUUACAGAUACCAACCAAUCCCUUUAACUCAUUCCUAGUACAAAUGGUGUUAGGGCGAAAAUCGUGAGACCGCCCAAACCAGUAGUGAACCAGUAACUAGUACAUUUUGUCGCUAUGACAAAUUUCAUAACCUUCAAAGUCCCGGCUUAACCGCUGUCACAACAAAACGUGUUCGAACAAGUUCGGGCCUUGUAAUUUUUGGAACGUUGCUUUGGGAGCUUCCAAGGCCUUAUUCUAUUCAUUACACGAGUUAACAGUUGUAACCUUACAUAGUAAAGAAUUAAAAACUGGAGAUUGGGCUUAUGCUGGAAAGCCUGUAAUCAUAAAAGAGAAAUUUCAUAAUCUAUCAUACUUGUUAACGAUUAAUAUCUCGUUUUGCGGGGCAGUGCAACGAUUUUAACUUUCAUAUUUGAUUUCUACGUGUGAAAAUAAACAAUAUUGUUGAAUUUCAGUCAAAUCAAAUGUGAGGACUCUAAACUAUAUAAUUACCAAGAUUUGCCAUAACCUUAUAUCCAUUAUACAUUGGUUAUAAUUUUUAAUUAAUAAAAGUUUAAAGAAAAGACGUACCUUUUCUGUAUAUUUAUUGAAUCAACUGAAAUAUUACAAUGCUAGAAGCAUGAGUUGUCAAAAAGGAAAUGCUAGUCGAUCGAGACCGCAGAAACAUCAAAAUCGCACAGCCUUUAAAAAUAACCUGCACGACACUUCUCAUAAAACAAAGUUGCUUAAUAGUAUUGAAGUUGCCAAUGUAUGUGAACGCUGUAAAAAGAUAAUAGAAUGGAAGAUCAAGUAUAAAAAGUAUAAGUUGCUCAAAACUCCUGCAAAAUGUACAAAGUGUGAACAAAAAACUGUAAAGCAUUCGUAUCAUAUCAUGUGUUUACCUUGUGCCAAACAACAAGAAGUUUGUCCAAAGUGUGGAGUAAAGGGCGAAAUUAUGGAAGGAAAGCCAAGUAAAGAGGAACAAAUUAAAUUGGAUGCAGAACUUCAGGCACUCCUGAAAACAUUACCAGAAAGGAAACGAAGGACAUUUUUACGUUACAUACAUCAGAAAGAUAAAAAUAAGAAAGAUAUCUCUCAGUCAGGUACAAGUGAAGUUGACAGCAAGGACAUAAGUGAAGAUAUAACAAAUCCUAAAAGCAGAGAAGAUUUACUAAUGAAACUCAAGUUGUUAUCUGUCAAAGAAGAAGAGAAUGAUGAUAAUUACGACAGUGAUAUUGAUGAUGAUUUAGAUUCACUUACAUAGAAAAAAUUGUAUUAAAUAAACUUUUAACUACAAUGCAA